GGUAACAGCAGUGCAGUGUGUGACGAGCUACUUUGUCCCCUCUCCGUCCGUCUGCCGUCUUUCUCCCGUCACCUACUGGAUAGAAAAGAAAGAACAAUACAGGUAUACACUAUAAAUCUGUCAAAGUGAGAUAGUACAUAAUCAAAGUAUUGUACGCGGGGGGGCCAAGGACCUUCCCCUUAUCUCUUGCGAUAUGGCAAAGGAUAAGAAGGAGAAGGAGAAUGAUAACGAUGAGAAGGACAAAGGAAAGAAGAAGAAGGAUGCAGGACAACAUUUUUUCCCGGGGGACUACAUAUGGAUCGAGCCAGUAUCACGCAGGGAGUUCGACGUGGCCAUUGGAGCUCGGGUGGUGAGCGCUGAGGGGCGACGAAUUCAGGUACAAGACGACGACGGCCAGGAACAAUGGCUGACCCCAGAGAGACGUAUCAAGGCGAUGCACCCCACAUCAGUUCAGGGGGUGGAGGACAUGAUAUCUCUGGGGGACCUCCACGAAGCUGGGAUCCUCCGUAACCUCCUUAUAAGAUACAACGAGAACCUCAUAUACACAUACACCGGAUCCAUCUUGGUGGCAGUGAAUCCGUACCAGAUCCUACCCAUCUACACCGUGGACCAGAUCAAGCUGUACAGGGGGAAGAAGAUCGGAGAGUUACCGCCCCAUAUCUUUGCCAUCGGUGACUCUUGCUACAAUAACAUGAGACGUUUUAAGCAAGACCAGUGCAUCGUUAUCAGCGGAGAAUCAGGCGCAGGGAAGACGGAGAGCACCAAGCUAAUUCUCCAGUAUUUAGCAGCGAUCUCCGGGAAACACUCCUGGAUAGAGCAGCAGAUCCUGGAGGCCAAUCCCAUUCUGGAAGCCUUCGGUAACGCCAAGACGAUCCGUAACGACAACUCAUCGCGUUUUGGCAAAUACAUCGACAUCCACUUCACCAAAGACGGGGUCAUCGAGGGAGCCUCCAUAGAGCAGUACCUCCUGGAGAAGUCACGCCUCGUCUCUCAGGGCACGGACGAAAGGAACUACCACAUCUUCUACUGUAUGUUGGCGGGCAUGACUCGGGAGGAGAGGCAGAAGCUGGAACUGACGGACGCAUCUCAGUAUAAAUAUCUGACAGGGGGCGGCAGCAUAACUUGCGAGGGGCGGGACGACGCUCGGGAAUUCGCCGACAUUCGCUCCGCCAUGAAAGUUCUGAUGUUUAGCGACUCGGAGGUGUGGGAGAUUCUGAAGAUCCUGGCAGCUACCCUCCAUAUGGGCAACGUCAAGUUCAAGGGCAAGAUUAUAGAUAAUCUUGAUGCCUCGGAGAUCCCUGACACGACCUCGAUGGUGAGGGUGGCGAGGUUCCUGGGUGUUGAGCCGCGGGCCAUGAAGGAAGCACUGACCACUCGCACCAUCUUUGCCCAGGGGGAGACAGUGGUAUCUCAUCUUAGCCAUAGUCAAGCCACGGACGUAAGGGACGCGUUCGUGAAGGGCAUCUAUGGGCGUCUCUUCAUCUGGAUCGUCAGCAAAGUCAACGCAGCUAUUUAUAAGCCCGAGACGUCUCACAGGACAUCGAUUGGCGUCCUCGACAUCUUUGGUUUCGAGAAUUUUAAAACCAACAGCUUCGAGCAGUUCUGCAUCAACUACGCCAACGAGAACCUGCAACAGUUCUUCGUGCAGCACAUCUUUAAGUUAGAACAAGAGGAAUAUAACUCGGAGAACAUCAACUGGCAGCACAUCGAGUUUGUGGACAAUCAGGACACUCUAGACCUGAUCGCCAUUAAGCAGCUCAAUAUUAUGGCGCUGGUGGACGAGGAGUCAAAGUUCCCCAAGGGCACAGACCAGACCAUGUUGCAGAAGCUCCACAAGCAACACUCCAGGCACAAGCAGUAUCUCAAGCCCAAGUCGGACCUCAAUGCAUCGUUUGGUAUCAACCACUUCGCUGGCGUUGUGUUCUACGACACCAGAGGAUUCCUGGAGAAGAACCGAGACACCUUCAGUGCUGACCUCCUGCAGCUUAUCCACAACACCUCCAAUAAGUUCCUCCAACAUCUCUUUAUUGAGGAUAUAGGGAUGGGAUCAGAGACGAGAAAGAGAGCACCGACCCUGUCUGCCCAGUUCAAGAAGUCCCUUGACAUGUUGAUGAAGACUCUGCUCUCCUGUCAGCCCUUCUUCAUACGAUGCAUCAAGCCAAAUGAAUUCAAGAAACCGAUGCUAUUUGACCGUGAGUUGUGCUGCCGUCAACUCCGUUACUCUGGCAUGAUGGAGACGAUCAGGAUCCGUCGGGCGGGUUACCCCAUCCGCCACACCUUCAGGGAGUUUGUGGAGAGAUACAGGUUCCUCAUUAAUGGGUGUCCUCCUGCACACAAGGUCGACUGCCAUGCUGCCACUAGCAAAAUCUGCCAGCAAGUGUUAGGUCGGGCGGACUACCAGCUCGGGCACACCAAGGUCUUCCUCAAGGAUGCCCACGACCUCUUCCUCGAGCAAGAACGAGACAGAGUUCUGACCAAGAAAAUCACGAUCCUUCAGCGAUGCGUCCGAGGAUGGUACUACAGGAGAAGGUUCCAGAAGAUGCGAGAGAGUGCCAUCAUCAUUCAGAAGUACUACCGAGCCCACGCCCAGAAGAGACGCUACCAGAACAUGAGGGUCGGUUACAUGAGACUCCAGGCCCUUAUACGUUCGAGGGUCGUGUCUCAUCGCUUCAGGCAUCUACGAGGACACAUUGUCUCUUUGCAGGCGAGGUGUCGAGGAUAUCUGGUACGAAGAGAAUUCCUCCGCAAGAUGUGGGCGGUGACCAAAAUCCAGGCGCAGGUUCGGGGGCUGAUAGCGCGUCGCCAGUACCGCAAGUUGAAGAUGAGGGUAGAAGCUGCCAGGCUAAAGGAGGAAGAGGAGAAAGUGUUGAGGAAGCAGAUGGAUAAGCGUAAGGCCAGGGAGAUCGCAGAGAUGAAGUAUAGGGAACGCAUGAUGGAAAUGGAGCUGGCGGACGAACAGCGGGCAGUCGAGGAACGGGAGAUGAUGGACCGCAAGAGAGCCCUGGUAUUGGAGGCCGAGAGACAGAGAGACGAGCCAGUUGACGACUCUAAACUUGUGGAACAGAUGUUUGAUUUCCUCCCAGACUCCGCCUCCGAAGCCCAGGCGCCUCCGUCGGCCUUUAAGGAUCUACCAACAGCCGGGAAGGGAACAGUGUCUGGGGACGACAUCAUCUCGGCAAUACCUCGCCCGGCUGGUGAUCAAGACGAAGACCUCUCGGAGUACAAGUUCCAGAAGUACGCCACAACGUACUUCCAGGGCAACGUGAACCACCAGUACUCCAGGAAGCAGCUCAAACAGCCUCUGAUGCAGCUCCAGACACAAGGAGAUCAGUUGGCGGCCAUGGCACUGUGGAUCACAAUACUCCGCUUCAUGGGCGACAUGGCCGAGCCCAAGUACCACAUGAUGGACCGGGACAACACCUCCGUAAUGUCCAAAGUCUCCGCCACCCUCGGUAGGAACUUCAUCAAGAGCAAGGAGUUCCAGGAGGCUCAGCUGAUGGGCAUGGAUCCUGUAAGUCAUGUUGUAAGGGAGCAAGAGGUUCUGUAUAUGUCUCAAAAGAAUCGUAGCAUCCGACACAAGUUGGUCUCCCUGACGCUGAAGAGGAAAAAUAAGCUGGGGGACGACGUACGACGACGCCUCCAGGAGGACGAGUAUACCGCAGAGAGCUAUUCGUCCUGGCUUGACUCGCGCCCGACCUCCAACCUCGAGAAGUUGCAUUUUAUCAUCGGUCAUGGCAUCCUGAGGGCUGAGCUGAGAGAUGAGGUUUACUGUCAGAUCUGUAAACAGCUCAGCAACAACCCCUCCAAGUCAUCACACGCACGAGGUUGGAUCCUUCUUUCACUGUGCGUCGGCUGUUUCGCCCCGUCCGAGGAUUUCGUCAAGUACCUCCUCUCCUUUAUCCGUGAGGGACCCCCGGGGUACGCGCCCUACUGUGAGGAGAGACUCAAGAGGACCUUCGCUAAUGGUACCAGGAACCAACCACCAAGUUGGUUGGAGUUACAGGCCACCAAGUCCAAGAAGCCGCUCAUGUUACCCAUCACCUUUAUGGACGGCAACACCAAGACUCUCUACGCAGACUCGGCGACGACGGCCCGAGAGCUGUGUAACCAACUGUCGGACAAGAUAGGGCUGCGAGAUCAGUUCGGAUUUUCCCUCUACAUCGCUCUAUUUGAUAAGGUGUCGUCGUUGGGCAGCGGGGGCGACCACGUCAUGGAUGCCAUCAGUCAGUGCGAGCAGUAUGCCAAAGAACAAGGUGCCCAGGAGAGGAACGCCCCCUGGAGGCUGUUUUUCCGCAAGGAGAUCUUCGCCCCAUGGCACGACCCCACCGAGGACCCCGUCGCUACCAACCUCAUAUACCAGCAGGUCGUCCGAGGGGUCAAGUUCGGAGAGUACCGGUGCGACAAGGACGAAGACCUGGCCAUGAUCGCCGCUCAACAGUACUACAUAGAGUUCAGUAUAGAGAUGAACACCGACCGACUCUUCAACAACCUCCCGGGCUACAUCCCAGACUACUGUGUGUCGGCGGGGGAUAAGGCCAUCGACCGGUGGGCCAACCUGGUCGUGGCGGCGUACAAGAAGAGUUACUACGUUAAGGAGAGAGUUCAGACCCUCAAGGUUAAGGAGGAUGUGGUCAGUUAUGCCAAAUUCAAGUGGCCUCUCUUGUUCUCCAGAUUCUAUGAGGCAUUCAGAUAUUCGGGACCAAACUUACCCAAGAAUGACGUAAUCAUCGCGGUCAACUGGACGGGCGUUUACGUGGUGGACGACCAGGAACAAGUCCUUCUGGAGCUGUCGUUCCCGGAGAUAACUACAGUGUCCUGCAAUAAAACACAGAAGGUGUACACGCAGACCUUCACCUUAUCCACAGUACGAGGGGAAGAGUUUACCUUCCAGAGCCCCAACAGUGAAGACAUAAGGGACCUUGUGGUGUACUUCCUGGAGGGGCUCAAGAAGCGGUCCAAGUUUGUCAUAGCCCUGCAGGAUUAUAAAGCCCCUAGUGAGAACUCCUCCUUCUUAACCUUCAAUAAGGGCGACCUCAUUCUUCUGGAGGAGGACUCGUCGGGGGAGACCGUCAUGAACGCCGGCUGGUGCGUGGGCAGGUGUGAACGAACCAACGAGAGAGGAGACUUCCCCGCCGAGACCGUCUACGUCCUCCCUGCGGUCACUAAGCCUCCGCCAGAUAUUUUGGCACUGUUUACGGCCGAGGGUGCGGAACACGGCCGCAAGCUGUUCACUCCACAACUGAACGGGACGGAACCGCAGGAGAAGCCACACACCCUGGAGGAGUACGCUCUGGAUCACUUCAGGCUACCUCCAAAACGCACAGUAUCACGGUCGAUCACCCUGACCUCCGCACGUCGCCCCACCAACGAGUGUCUGUGGAAGUACUCGCGAGAACCUAUAAAACAGCCGCUACUGAAGAAGUUGGUGCACAAGGAGGAGCUGGCGCAGGAAGCCGUGUACGCUUUUAACGCCGUGCUGAAGUACAUGGGAGACUUACCCUCCAGGAGGAACCGGCAGGGUAACGACCUCACCGAUCAGAUCUUCGACGGUCCUCUCAAACACGAGAUCCUCAGGGACGAGAUAUACUGCCAGGUUAUGAAGCAGCUGACUGAGAACAGGAACAGGCUGAGUGAGGAGCGAGGGUGGGAGCUCAUGUGGCUGGCGACUGGUCUCUUCGCCUGCUCCCAGAAUCUCGUCAAGGAAUUAACGCAGUUCUUAAGGACCAGACGGCAUCCCAUAGCGCAAGACUCGCUCCACAGGCUACAGAAGACGCUCAAACACGGCCAACGUAAAUAUCCCCCACACCAGGUCGAGGUCGAGGCCAUCCACCACAAGACGACGCAGAUCUUCCAUAAGGUGUACUUCCCCGACGACACGGACGAGGCCUUCGAGGUCGACUCAUCCACCCGAGCCAAGGACUUCUGCUCCUCUAUAGCACAUCGCCUCAACCUCAAGAGCUCGGAAGGGUUCUCACUGUUUGUGAAGAUCGCCGAUAAAGUCAUAUCAGUACCUGAGGGAGACUUCUUCUUCGACUUCGUCCGUCACCUCACAGACUGGAUCAAGAAAGCUCGGCCGUCCAGAGAUGGUACAACGCCUCACUUCACCUACCAAGUGUUCUUCAUGAAGAAACUCUGGACCAACACAGUACCGGGAAAAGACCGCAACGCAGAUAUUAUAUUCCACUUCCACCAAGAGCUUCCUAAACUCCUCAGAGGGUAUCACCGCUGCACCAAAGAUGAAGCGUCGAGGUUAGCCGCCUUGGUCUACCGCGUCCGCUUCGCCGAGAGUAAACAAGAACUUGCCCUCAUUCCGAACAUGUUAAGAGACCUCAUACCAGCAGACUUGGCCAAAUCCCAGAGCACCAACGAGUGGAAGAGAGUGAUAGUUCAGCACUAUAAUGGUGACGCUGGUAUGAGCCCAGAGGAGGCCAAGAUAUCCUUCCUCAAGGUAAUAUACCGCUGGCCCACCUUCGGCUCGGCUUUCUUCGAGGUCAAACAGACAACCGACCCCAACUACCCAGAGCAUCUCCUUAUUGCCAUUAACAAGCAAGGGGUCUCUCUCAUCCACCCAGUCACAAAGGAAAUCCUCGUCACCAACCCCUUCACGAGAAUCAGCAACUGGUCGUCCGGGAACACGUACUUCCACAUGACCAUCGGCAACUUAGUCAGAGGCACCAAACUGCUGUGUGAGACGUCCCUCGGCUACAAGAUGGACGACCUCUUGACCUCCUAUAUAUCGCUAAUGUUAACUAAUAUGAAUAAACAAAAAACUCUGCGUCUGAAAUAGAAUAUAAAGCUCAACUAGGAACAUGUUUACAAUCAUUUACAUUGAAGACUGUUUUAGCUUCUCUUAAAAUUAUUAUGACUACUAAUAAUAAUAUGUUGCAUACAAUGGAUGUCUGACAUUGUGUUUUAGCUACAGUUAAAAUUAUUCACAAUUUUUAUAACCGUAUUUUGAUAGAAAUGUACGGUAAUUACCAUGAGAUUCAGGCAUGAGGAUUGUCAAUGUGUGUGUGUGUGUCUGGUACGCUGUAAGACUUUGGACGGUUAUCAGGAAAAAUAAAUUCACUGAAAUACCAAAUAAAUUCAUCAAUUUAGAUUCUCUCGCCAUGGACCUUCCAAAAGCUGUCGAGCAUAAUUCAUGGAAAUUACAAUGAACGAAAGAGUGCGUCUUUUCUCGCUAUUUACCACAGCAAGCUGUAGGGAUCACCACCGGAGGCCGUUGACUUCCAUCUCCGUGUCAAAAAGUUUAGCAUUAUCACCACCAUGUUAAAAAAUUCAUAUACGUAAUCAAUAUUAUUUUACAUGAUUAUUGUAAUUUACAGAUUUAAUCGUGAUAAGUGAUAAUUAUUUCUAGUUACCGUACAGUCUCAGUCAAAAGUUCCACCACCCUCCUACUGCUCCACGAACCCCGGGAUUCAAAUUGACGAACCCGGACACGAUGCAUUAUUCUAUCUAUGGAGGCUUCCAAUUCAUGAGCCUGAAUCUUGGAGUUUGUGGAGCAGCAGAAGAGGCGACAGGACCCGUGACUGUACCCAAUAUCAUCCACUGUGUCAAUUCAUCGACUAAUAAACGUGAUAAUGAACGAUCUUGUUUACAGAAGCCGAUGUGACAGUACAAUACACCUAACCAGUUGUCGCCACCUUUGAUGUUCUCUGAGGCGGUGAUCCCCGUACAGUAGUGACAGAACCAUUUAUAAACAAGAGUGUAGAUUAAUUUCUAAAGACAAGUAGAGUUUUAAUAUUAUUUAAUGGGAGUUAAUUAAGCUGAGGCAAUGCACUGAUAACCAAAUGUAGAGGAAAGACAGUGUUCAUUACCAGAAGAACACAGUUAUUAUUAAAAGAUAUUUAUCAUCUUUUUUAUUUUAUUUUUAAUUGGAUUUGGAAUUUUAUUGUUAUGCAUUUGGCUGGAUGGGCCCUUUUAAUACAUAACUCUGUAUGUAUUUAUAUAUAUCUAAUCAAAUCUAUUCAGUAUUUCUAAUAUUAUUAACUAAAGGAAAAACAGAACUUUAAAGAGAGUAUGAGAGAGGCUAAGAGAUGCUUGAAUGUGUAUGUAAGAAGGAAGUGUCACAAAGAUACUGUACUAUAUGUAUUACCACUGUCAGGGCUGGCGGUCUUCUCAACCAUUACAUACACCGUUACGCUCCCACGGCCGAGGCAGAGCCGAGACGUCUGGCUACACACGGCACAAAUGUUUUUAAGUGCAGACGAGUGAAGCUCCAAAGACUUGAAUUAGGGCCAGGGUCUUAGGGCCAUUAAAGACCAGAGGGUAGAGAGAAUUAGGGCCAGGGUCUUAGGGCCAUUAAAGACCAGAGGGUAGAGAGAAUUAGGGCCAGGGUCUAGGGGCCAUUAAAGACCAGAGGGUAGAGAGAAUUAGGGCCAGAGUCUUAGGGCCAUUAAUCCUCUUAUGAACCAGAUGGUAAAAUACAGUGAUUAGAUUGAAGUCCGAGGAACACAUAGAGGAUACAAAUAAGUACAUACGGGUUUAUACUGUACCCACAAGUUCAAUUUGAGUCAAAAGAACUUCCAUCGGGGGAAAAAAUAAACCCCCCCCCCUCUCCCCCAUCACCACUACCAUUGGCCUCAACCCCCUCUCCUCUCCCCCACCAUCACCACCACUGGCUCCGACAUCCUACCCUCUCCACCACUGGCUCCAACAUCCUCCCUCUCCACCAUCCUCCCCUCUCCACCAUCAGCUCCAACACCCUCCCUCUCCACCACCAGCUCCAACAUCCUCCCCUCUCCACCAUCAGCUCCAACACCCUGCCAGAGAGUUGUAAACACUGUUAUGAACGCUGGUAAUCUUUGCCUUCACAACUCAACAUAAUAAUUAACCUUAACACAACCGUACUUAUCCUAUUGACCCUAGAGAGAUAUAUCAUAAUUAUAUUGGAUUGUAAUUACCACUUAACUACAGGAAGCUACUGUUUAUAAUCGUCAAUAAAACAAUUGGUGUGUGUAUUAGUCCGUCCGUCUGUGUGUGUGUGUGUGUGUGUAAGUUUCGGUUCUUAAAUUACAAUAAUAUUUUAAACUUGUUAUGUCGGGUAUUAUUAAGAAUGUAUAAUUUCUCUUUUGUCUCUAAAUUAAGCAGAUUUAUUAUGGUUGUUGUACAUUUCAAUACAUGUUGCUAAUUAGGGCACAAUAUGCGCUUCCUCUACUGAUGUAAUUAUUGUAUUUUGUUCCAAUUUUCCUUCAAAUAUUUUUAUUAAUGUAGACGUGUCGAGAAUAAGGUUGCGGAUUUAUUAUUGGGAUAACGACUAAACAUUAAGCAGUGUAGUAAAGAAAGAACCAGUCUUAUUUAUGAGCUGUAUAUAUAUAGAUAUUAAUUAUUGGUUCGUCCGCAGUGUUUAGGAACGAAUUUGUGUUUUUUAUUAUAUACGAGGGUCAACGUUGCAGCCCUCCCGUCGCAUUCUCUCUCGUCAAGUGAAAACAAAAACAUAGUUCCCACAAUGUUUACCGAUACGUUGAUUUACACAAGGAUGACGAUGAUCCCUUGAGGUUCGCUUAAACCAGAAUAUAAACUACAACAGAUAUUCUCCAUCCACACACUGUCAUUCACUCUCUUCUGACAACUGUAACACCUGGGGUUUAUAUUUCCAGUAGGAGCCUGUUAAAACUGGGGUCUAUUUUAUCAGUAGGGACCUGUUAAAACUAGGAACUAUUUUAUCAGUAGGGACCUGUUAAAACUAGGAACUAUUUUAUCAGUAGGGACCUGUUAAAACUAGGAACUAUUUUAUCAGUAGGGACCUGUUAAAACUAGGAACUAUUUUACCAGUAGGGACCUGUUAAAACUAGGAACUAUUUUACCAGUAGGGACCUGUUAAAACUAGGAACUAUUUUAUCAGUCACCUUUAUACUAUAACAUUCCAUAUUUUCAUUUUUCAUACAGUACAGUAUCUCUAGCAAUGAAUUAUUCUGCAUCAUAGAUUCUCACCCACAAGUGCUAAAUGUGUCUUAUAUAUAUAUACAUGGGCGUCUGGUCAAAUGAGCCUCGAUCCAAAUGUGCGGUGUGGUGUCAAAUGAGCCUUGAUCCUAGUGUGCAGUGUGGUCAAAUGAGCCUUGAUCCUAAUGUGCAGUGUGUGGUCAAACGAGCCUCGAUCCUAAUGUGCCUUAACCCUUAUGAAUCGUGAGUCUUAACACCAAUAUGUAAAUGACUAACAGACAGUACACUACCAUGGCUGUACUGAUUUAUCUGAUUGUGAGAGGGUGUUUAUCAUACCAUUACAGUGUACAGUAAUUACAGGGUAUUAUAAUUCUUUUUUGUGUAGGAAUAUGUCAUUACUGUUUACAAGUGAAGCUGGGUGAAGAUUCUCAGAGAUUUGUAUGUUAAUUUAUCCUUUUCUGUGUGAAUAAUAGUAAUAAACACAGGCAUCUACUUACGAUAGGCGAAGUUCUUGAUUCCAUUUUAACUCGGCUCUUUGUGGCGGAACCGAGUUCUCACGCUUCCAGUUUAGGGUUGAUUACACAUACAGUGAAGCUUGUAUCUAAUGCACCUCCAUAUUGUCCGUUAGGCGAAGGUUCCACGUCUAACAAAACUCUCAUCUAAUGGUCUUCCCUUCUGCCAUAACUUAUGAGGGUCAGUGUAAUGCAUCGUCCUACACUUAAGGAAGAAAUUCAUCAUAAGAAUCUUUGAGAGACUGGGAGUGUAGGCUUGUAACUGACCCAAAUAAACACACGUCUGAACGGUAUUAACACCGAGAAAAGCAACCUUGUUCUUGAUACCACAUUGUUGUAUAAUUAUUAUUUUGUAAUGAUUUACAAAUAAAUAUUCUUAGCAAU